GAAGUUAGAACACACAGAACGACGCCGAUUUGGUGUAAACAUAUGGGAGCAAUGUCUAAGCCCCGGCUAUAAAGACAAAGGGGGUCAAGGAAGGGUUUUCUGCUGUUAUUUCAAAAUCAACAUUUUCUGAGGCUAGAGAGAGUGUUCUGAACUUGGGAACUAGGGUUUUUCUCUCUCUCAAAUGGAGGUAAUUACAGAGCAAGUUAACAACUUGAACAUCACUGAUACAUCUGCAGCCAACAAGAAGAACCGAAUCCAAGUCUCUAAUACCAAGAAACCCCUGUUCUUUUAUGUGAAUCUCGCUAAGAGGUACAUGCAGCAGCACUCUGAGGUGGAACUUUCUGCUCUUGGAAUGGCUAUCGCCACAGUUGUUACAAUUGCUGAGAUCUUGAAGAAUAAUGGACUGGCUGUUGAGAAAAAGAUCAUGACUUCUACUGUUGACAUGAGGGAGGAAACCGGAGGACGACCUGUCCAAAAAGCGAAGAUUGAAAUACUACUGGGGAAGUCAGAAAAGUUUGAUGAGUUGAUGGCUGCUGCUGCAGAGGAGGCCUUGGAAAAUGAGGAGCAGACCUGAGCUCACGAGAUGCUACCUGGAAUGUAGUUUGUUCUCUAGCUUGUUAAUCAUGGACAUCUGUAACGGUUCUUCCUAGAUGAACUUUCUUAAGUUUUGUUUUACUAGUAGUAACAUAAUUGUUGUAGGAAGUUUUGUAAAAUUCAAUGCCUUCGGUUGCUCAAUUCAAUUUUGUUUUGAAGUUUAUGUAACCUUCACUCUCUUUCACUAUGUGAUAUGUUGGUGUUGGCUUGUUUAUGGUUA